AUGAUGACAGGUUUCAAGAAAAAGAUGGGACGAACCCUAAAUCUUCAAUCAAUGCCCGUUGAUUCCAAAAGCUACCCCAAGUUUGUCCGAGAAAUAGAAAAACAUUUGAUAUUGCCCAUUACUCUUCUGCAAUUCAUCUCCUCAUCCUCCCACCCCCGCUGCCAGGUCAAAGAGAAGAUUGAUUUCAAACGUAAUGAUGAUCAGAAAGUUCAAUAUUCUAUUUACAUCCUACAUGUGCUUUUUCCGUUCUUGAAGCAUGUAAAUGAGCAGCACAUGAAAGAGAUAGCAAUAGAGUCUAGAAUUCAAGGAUCUUCUAUAUCGGAGGUACAGUUGAAGAAGGUAGAGUGCAACUUGGAUAAGCAAAUUCACUGUGACUGUUGUAAAACAUCAAUUUUUGACUUGCAUAGAAGCUGCCCUUCUUGUUAUUAUAACCUUUGCCUUCAAUGUUGCUGGGAAUUGCGAGAUGGCAACCCUCAAGGAAACAAAGAAGAAGUUAUCAUUGAACCUAAAGAUCCAGGGCCUGAGUACUUACAUGGCAACCCUAAGGGAUUCAGGAAAGCAUGGAAAAAGACAUGUUAUGUUGAGAAGGCUGAUGAAGAUCCUACACCAAAGGAAAAGCAAACUCAUGACUGGAAUUCUUUGGUUGAUGGCAUAAUUCUUUUCCCUCCAAAAAGCAUGGGUGGUUGUGGUCGUGGGAUUCUAGAGUUGAUGCACAUAAAGUCACUUGACAGUGUUUCAAAAUUGCUAGAGAAAGCAUAA